GCUGGGCGGCCGCCCGGUGGGCGUGCGGUGCGGCGGCCUGCCGCGGUCCAGCGCGCCCGCGGCGUGGGCGGGGCGGGCUCUGCCGGUGGCCGCUCGCCAGACCAGCGCUGCACCGAGGGGCCGGCACGCCGCUCCCGCAGGUGCGGGGCUACCUGGACAGCGUCGACCGCACGAUGACGGUCAAGUCGAUGAGCGACCCGCUAGAGGUGCUGCACUUCAUGGCCGAGAACGCCGACAGCGACACCCGCACCCACGAGGCCGCGCUGAGGACGCUGGGGAACCUGACCAAGGUGGCCAGCAGGGACACCUACCAGAAGGUCAUGAGCGACGGCCGCUUCCACGCUCUCCUCAGCGCCCUGGCUGGCCGCCUCGACGAUUGCGACGCGCGCACGCUGUCCAUGGUGGCCGACGCCUCGUCGAGAUUCCGCAUCUCCUCGCCGGAGCUGACGGAGCUGGCGCAGCGGCUGGCCGAGGUCGUGGUGCGGCGCGAAGACGCCUUCAGCCCCAGGAACUUGUCCUCGGUGGCCAUCGCGCUGGCGGUGCGCGGCAUCAGGGACGUCGCGACCGUCGAGUUCAUCCGCACCGAGGCUCUGAAGCUGGUCGACGAGCUCGAGCCCUCGCACUGCGUCAUGAUGCUGGAGGCGUUCCGGCGCUGGGGCGUGUUCGACCGGCAGUUGGUGGACCUGAUCGUGGAGCGGAUGCUCGACGAGGUGGACCGCUUUGCGGGCCGCGACGUGGUGGAUGCGUUUGCGGUCGCGUCGCGUAUCGGCUUGGCUCGGGGCUUCCUGCUCCGGCGCCUCUGCACCCUGGCGUUCGAGAACCUGCGGCAGUUCCAGCCCCGCGAGCUGGCAAAGGUGGCGUACUCGCUCGCCAGGCUGCGCUUCCUGCCCACGAGCAGCCUGGACGACCUGCUCGACGCCCUGCGGCCCCACCUGCCGCGGCUGGCCGGGGCGCAGAUCUCCGAGCUGCUGUUCGCGCUGGCCAUGGGCGACGCCAGGCAUCAGCUGGACCUGGCGCGCGACCUGGUCGCGCAGUAUUUCGAGGGCAGCCCCCUGGAUGGCCGGACGCUGAUCUCGUUGGUGGACGUGGCUUGGUCCAUGUGCGCGCUGCAGCUCGUCGACGAGUUCCCGAAGGAGUUCAAGGGCAUCGCGGAGGAGAUCUUCGGACGGCAACCGAUCCAGAACCGGAUGCCCCUCACGAAGCUCUUCGACGUCAUCUGCUCCAUCGAGCUGGAGCACCAGGGCCGCGGCCUCGUCGUGCCGCCGUCGUGGCGGGCCGCCUGCGACGACGCGGACCGCUUCGAAAUGGACCGCCUGGAGAGCUCGAGGCUCCACAACGAGAUCGUCAUGAGGUUUGACCACCUGCGCGGCCGGGCGGCAGGUGUGCGUUGGCAGCUGCGGAUGCAACGCAACCAGCAGUGCGGGCCCUACCGAGUGGACAUGCUGGACGAGGACACGAAAGUGGCCUUGGACGUCGAGAUAGUCAGCUGGCCCACCUCGAGGCACAUGAAGCACAGGCUGCUCAAGGGCCUCGGCUUCCUGCCCCUGCGGCUCGACUACUGGGAGUGGCGCCGCGCCCGGACGGAGGACGACCAGAACACGUUCCUGGAGCGCGAGGUGGGCGCCGCGCUGGAGGCGGCGCCGGCGGCGAGGUGA